CGGAACCAUAAUGACAGCGCUGUUUCCUUUCGAUCCGAAAAAAAAGUGCAUGCGUGUUGAGUCGUGUACACUUACAUCCGGCAGGUUUUCGAAGCAAUAAUGGCUGCCUUUUCUGAAAUGGGCGUUAUGCCCGAAAUCGCGCAGGCUGUGGAGGAAAUGGAUUGGCUGCUUCCGACUGACAUCCAAGCUGAGUCGAUUCCGUUGAUUCUUGGCGGAGGAGAUGUACUCAUGGCAGCAGAAACUGGUAGCGGUAAAACUGGAGCCUUCAGCAUUCCUGUCAUUCAGAUUGUGCAUGAAACGCUGACCGACCAGCAGCAGGGCAAAAAAGGCAGAGCCAACAUCAAAACGGGCGGAGCUGUCUUCAACAAUUGGCAGAUGAACCCAUACGACCGGAGCGCUGCAUUUGCGAUCGGGCCGGACGGGCUGUGCUGCCAGAGCCGAGAGUUUAAGGAAUGGCAUGGCUCCCGCUCCACCAAGGGUGUUACCAAAGCAGGGAAAUACUACUACGAGGUCUCAUGCCACGACCAAGGGCUGUGUCGCAUCGGCUGGUCCACCACCCAGGCAGCUCUCGACUUGGGAACCGACAGGUACGGGUUUGGUUUUGGCGGAACCGGGAAGAAAUCGAACAAUAAGCAAUUUGACAGCUACGGCGAGGAGUUCACCAUGCAUGACACAAUUGGAUGCUUCCUUGACAUGGACAAGGGCCACAUUUCCUUCUCCAAAAAUGGUAAUGAUCUGGGUUUGGCUUUCGAGAUCCCUCAAAAUCUCAGGAAUCAGCCCUUCUUUGCGUCCUGUGUACUCAAGAAUGCUGAGCUGAAAUUCAACUUUGGCGGUGAGGACUUCAAAUAUCCGCCCAAGAGCGGCUUUAUCGCCUUGGAUCAGGCACCAGAUGCCCAUACGGUCAAGUCUUCGCAGACAGGGAGUGCCAAAGUAAGUCAGGUGAAAGGGUCCAGCAACGCCCCCAAGGCGCUGAUCAUUGAGCCGUCCAAGGAACUUGCCGAGCAGACCCUCAACAACGUAACGCAGUUCAAGAAAUACGUGGUCAGCCCCAAACUCAGGGAGUUGCUGGUGAUUGGCGGUGUGGCUGCCAAGGAGCAAAUGUCCGCUCUGGAGCAAGGUGUGGACAUUGUGGUGGGGACCCCCGGUAGACUGGAUGACCUCAUAUCCACCGGAAAGCUCAGCCUGUCCCAAGUCCGCUUUCUGGUCCUUGACGAAUGUGAUGGCCUCUUGACAGCAGGCUACACGGACUUCAUCAACAGAAUCCAUAAUCAGAUCCCUCAAGUGACGUCUGAUGGAAAACGGCUGCAGGUGAUCGUGUGCUCGGCCACGCUCCACUCGUUCGAUGUGAAGAAACUGUCGGAGCGCAUCAUGCACUUCCCCACCUGGGUGGACCUGAAGGGUGAGGACUCGGUGCCCGAGACCGUGCACCACGUGGUCGUGCCUGUCAACCCCAAGGCCGACCGCCUCUGGGAGCGGGUGGGCAAGAACCACAUCCGGACUGAUGAGGUCCAUGCCAAAGAUAACACCAGACCAGGGGGCAACUCAGCCGAAAUGUGGUCUGAGGCCAUCAAGGUGCUGAAAGGCGAGUACACGGUGAGGGCUGUCAAAGAGCACAAAAUGGACCAGGCCAUCAUCUUCUGCCGCACAAAGAUAGACUGUGACAACAUGGAGCAAUACUUUAUCCAGCAGGGAGGAGGUCCCGACAGUAAAAACCACCAGUUUUCCUGUGUGUGUCUUCACGGCGAUCGCAAGCCCCACGAGAGGAAGAACAACUUGGACCGCUUCAAGAGAAAAGAAGUGAGGCUUCUGAUCUGCACCGACGUCGCCGCCAGAGGGAUUGACAUCCGAGGCGUUCCUUACGUGAUUAACGUCACCCUGCCAGAUGAGAAGCAGAACUACGUCCACCGUAUCGGCCGAGUGGGUCGAGCAGAGAGAAUGGGGUUGGCCAUCUCAUUGGUUGCCAUGGAGAAAGAGAAGGUGUGGUACCACGUCUGCCCUAACCGAGGCAGAGGCUGCUACAACACACGGCUCAAGCAGGAUGGAGGCUGCACCAUUUGGUACAAUGAGAAAGAGCUCCUGUCAGAAAUCGAGGAACACCUCAAGUGCACCAUCACCCAGUGCGAGCCCGACAUCAAGGUACCCGUGGACGACUUUGACGGGAAGGUCACUUAUGGUCAACGCAGGACACUCGGAGGUGGCAACUAUAAGGGUCAUGUGGACGUACUGGCACCAACGGUGCAAGAGCUGGCCAACCUGGAGAGAGAGGCCCAGACGUCUUUUCUCCACCUCGGAUACUUGCCCAACCAACUCUUCAAAGCCUUCUGAACAGAGCUCGGUUGAAGCUACCGUAUGCAUGCUCACCAUCCAUUUGCAGUACUUUGGAGUGGCUCCCAUGUCCAGGCCUGAGUUGUGCAGUUAUCAAAAAGAACACUAACAUUAAGAAACAUAUUUUGUUUUGCAUAUACAAUUUGGCUGAAUAGGUUUGAAAAUUUUAUUGUGAGAAAUUGCCUGCAGUUAUUUUGAUGCCUGCGUUUUCUUUUCUGAAAUAAACUGUGGUGAGCACUAA